AUGAUCAAGUUGUUGGAGGAAACUGAGUUACAAGUGUAUAAAAAGAAAAAGCAAAUGUCAGUAAUCAGUAGGGAUAAUCUGGUAGGAAGAAAUAUAAGAGAAGCUGUUGAUAAUGCUGGAGGAUAUGAUGAUAAUGACAAAAGGGAAAAAUGUAUUCCUAAAAAAGCAAAAGUAUUUACUUCGCCCUAUAUUGAAAGAAUUGUUAAGGUUGGGGAAAAACGGUCUAAGGAUGAAACAUGUAUGUGCAAUUCAGUUUUUGCAUCUACAAGAGAUGAUGGGGAUGAGAUUUGGGACAUUGGAACAGGUCAUUUGCUGCACCAGGGUUUUGCAUAUCAAUUUAAUCAUGGAAUGUUUUUGCAUUCUAAAAUAAUUGAUUGUUGGGCUGCGUUUUUAAAUAAAAUGGAAAACUACAAGGAUGAGUCAUCGCUUUCAAGAUUUUUCUUCGAUACAACUAUUGUGACAGAAGAUAUAUUGAAUGAGCUAAAGUCGGAAGAUAUGAAAUGUAGGCUUUUUGCUACUUUAUUGCGAAUCUACACUAAGAAAUUUGAUGUGAAGCCAAGUUUUAGAGACGUUGCACUUGUUUUCUUCCCAAUAGUUGAUGAUGGAAAGUAUUACUUACUCAUCUUUGAUCUGAAAUCAAGUUUGUACUACAUAGUAGAUCAUGUGAAGAGAACAGGAACUUUGGAAAGAAAGUAUGGCAUGAUACCAAACCUGGUGAAAAAACUGUUUUGCAACUACUUGACAUCACAACAUCAUCCAAUGGCAAAAACGUUAACUUUUAAAGCAGCACGUGUGAUGAACAUAUCUUGGCUAGUCGAAAAAGCUGGAACAGAAUGUGGAAUAUACCUCAUGAGGCAUAUGGAAACGUACAUGGGGGAAUAUGAAGGGCGUUGGGAGUGUGGUCUUACAGGUAAAAUGCCUGCUGAUGUGAGUGCUACAAUUAAGCUAAGGAUAAAAUACAUGGCAAGAUUGUUGACAUCUGAUUUCAAUAAGUUCAAGAAUAUGAUAGUUAAAGAUAUUGAAGCGUUUCGUAAGCUUGAUAUUUUGGAACAAGAUAUGCUUCUAAGAGAGUCAGCUGAAAACAGGAAGAAAAAAAGAAAAACAAAGGGUCGUAGGUAA